AUGUUAAAAGAAAACAUUACAAAACAUCGCAUUUUAAAUGUCUGCGCCAGCGAAAUAAAUAAACCCAGUAAAGUAACGACAACAAAACAAAUUGCUGAUGACACAACAACAACAACAACGAAUACAGCAGCAGCCGCAUCUGCACCAGUUGCAACAAUUGCAUUAACAAAUGACGCUACCAAAGAUAAAAGACAAACAAAAGACACAAAAGAUGCAUCCACUGUCUAUGCAAAUCAUCGAUCAGAUACAGCAGCCAGUGUCCAUAGAAACUCGAACACAAAUUCCGAUGAUCCCGAAGAACCACAAGAAACCGUAUACGGAACGAAUGCCCGACAAUUUUUAAUAAGACCGCAGCAACAACAUUUACAGCAGCAGCAGCAACAAAACGAAGAAGAACAACUGCCACCACAAUUGAGAAAUUAUCCAGCCACCAUAAGGCCGCACAAUACACAGCUACUGGAACAAAGUCAGGAGAUUCAACAUUUUGCUUAUCUCCAAGACUUAAGCCGAAAUCAGCACAAAGUACAAAAUCAAGGUAAAUCUCAAACGGGACAAGGCAAAAAAACUGCAGCCUCAAGUUUACGCGGUCAAACGCAAACAAGUCAAGUGGAAGAAACCGAACAACGAUAUGCCGUAGCAGUAGAACAGCCAAUACCCCAGCAUCCAAGAGGCCAUCUAUAUCGACAACAAAUUCCCUAUCAUUUAGCGGUCCAACAACAGCAACAACAACAGCAGCAGCAACAGUCACAACAACAGCAAGCUGACCAGCAGAAUCCACAACAGGCACAGUAUCAAAUUAUACCAGAAGAACAAUUUUUGAAGAUACUCGAAGAAGAAUUACAGGCCAGAGCCUAUCACGAAGAUCAAGUAAGAAGACAUCAGGCAGUACAGCAGCAACAUCAACAACGCCAACAACAACAGCAGCAACAACAUCAUCAACAGCAGCAGCAACAACAACACCAACAGCAAUCGGCAGCCGCUGCUGGAGCAGCCUCUCAGAAAGUGGGUUUGCAAGCUCAAGGUUUGGGCAAUUAUAGACAAAGACUAGAAACUGAGGAAGAUGCCCAACAAGAAUAUGUUCAAUUUGUACAAAGGCCUAGAGGGGGACCAAAAUACUUGCCCUUACCGCAAGGCGCGCAAAGGGAGGAACAAUCAGAACAGGAGUUAGCAGCAUCGCCACAGCCCUUACCACCACAACUUGCCUACUACCAGCCUCAAAUCAGCUAUAAGACUUUACCCAAUCAUCCCUUGGCCAAAUCCUCAUUGGAAAAAGAGAUUGAAAUGCUUUUGGCCUCGAAUAAGCCCAAUGUUGCACCCGUACAGAUUAUUGACAAUUCCAAUGAGCCAUCAGCAUUAAUUAACCAUCAUCAUAGAGCCCCAGCACCUCCUAUACCACCGCCACAACCUUCAGCCCGAACACCCAAAUCAUAUCUGCCUAGUACCGUGGCUCCCAAUAGUCUGCAUGAUGCCAAUGAUCAACCAUUUGUACCAUCUCUGUAUCGAUUUGGUAAUUACCCACAACCCACACAAAAUUAUCCCGCUCCGGUGUCACAACAAAUUAUUGAUGCUAAAAAACUGGGUCCAGUAGUUUAUCCUCAGCAAAGUCAAAGACCCAACCCUUCUGCUCAGCCCCCGGUGCAAGCAUCACAGUUUUACUACCAGGAAGCCGGCCCUUCUCCCUCACCAUCACCCAGACCUAAAGCAUAUCGCUCGAAAUAUGGCACUAAAUUUGCCACCACACCCACGCCUCUCAAGGCUCGUCAAAAUGAACUUAACUAUCCACAGCAUACAAAAUAUGCUCAGCCUUUAUAUGACCUUGAAAGACCCGCCCCUUCGGUGGCACCAGGUUCACCCACACAUUUCUAUCCUAGUCCACCCGAUCCACAUAGAAGUAUACCACCAACAGCACAACCAACACCAGCCGCCACUGUUAAAUACACCGCUCCACCAAACGACUUUCAACAAUAUGCCUUGCCCGGUCCCUCUUCCUCACAGUCUAGUAUUUAUGUGUCCCAAGGAACUGGCAUAGCUACACCAUCUCGCCCCAUUAGCACCGUUAAACCAAAAACAUUAGAUGAUCUAAAACAACUACAUUUACCCCAACCUGGUGGUAAACCUCUAACACAAGCCCAAUUUCAGGCUUUAGUAGAUGCUGGCUAUCCAGUAACCGCUGUGCCCGUUCCAGUGCCCGUACCUUAUGACCAAUAUGUUAAAGAUCAUCCCGAUUAUCGUAAUUCACCGCCACCACAACCUCCUGCAUUACCUGUUAACUAUGAACAUUUAAUGCGUUUUGCACAAUUGCAACAAAACCAUCAAGUUCCUCAAUACGGUCAGCAACGACCCAUUCACCCACGCGCUCUAGUUGGACGACACUCAGAGCCAUCGGUGAAAAUUGUAUCCUCUGGCUCAGAACCACAAACUGCUCAAGCAAUUGGCGGUGGCAGUGUAACAUAUUUGCGAGCAAUACCCGAAAAUCAAAAACGACGUCCACGAGAUGAAACCGAAACAAAAGUGCUUGGAGCUACAGACGAAGAGAAGGAUGCUGUAGAAACGAAACCAGUCGAAGAGAAGAAAGCGAAAUAGUAAAAGAGCAUGUUCACACACAUACUAAGCAUAAUAUACUACUAUAAUAUUAUUAUUUUUUUUAUUUUUAUUAAUUAUUUUAUUAAAUUAAAUAAAAAGUAUUAAAUUUUUAGUUAAGUAUUUUAUUUGAAUAAAUUAUGUACAUUUUUUUUUUAUUUGUUAAUAAAUCGAUUUAAAUAAAUUUUAUAUAAAAACUAAA